GCGCGCGCGCGGGGAGGGGCUGUGCGCAGCAACGGCUGUUCCCCCUCAGCGCUUCCCGCCGCGCGUCCCGGCGCCGCCGCUCCCGCUGCCCCGGAGGAGGAUGCGCCGCCUCGCCCCGGCCGCGCCAGGUAGACGGGGGAGACGAUGAGGGAGCCGCCCUGCCGGCCCCUGGCGCUGGGCUCCUGCCUCCUGCUCUGCGUUCUGCUCUGGUGAAACUGGUGGUCAACAGAUGAUCAAAUGGAACCCCAAAAGGCAGGGAAAAAAACCACUAGACAAAACAGCUGCUGAAAGAACAUGCUGCUGGAAUAAUGAAGACAGAAUAAUGGACAAUGAUUGUUCUGCUUCUGAUGAAGAAGAAAAGCUAUGUCUCCUUCAAUCAAGACACCCUCUGAGGGAAAGUCAAAAGCUAGUUACAACAGACUGGGCUGAAGUUAGACAGAAGGCACUAAAAAAAAAAGAUUUUGGCUUAGCCCAGGAGCCACUUCUAGCUCUGCCAAUCAGAUAUGGCUGAGGGAAUGUUGAACCAAAAUGCGUGAAGAUGUUUGGACUCCCUUAUCUUAUUUUUUGGCUUCCUGUUUGGAAUGUCUUUUGUAAAGACAGUCUUUCAUCAGCAGUGCAAUAUGCUUCAGGUGAUGCUUGUGCUCUGCCCAGUGAGGAUGAAAAUGUCCAGGAAAAGGGGGAAGAGGCUGAUCCCAUACUGGAGCCUGAGCAUGCAGACUCAAGUACGCGGAGUUACUCUAUGGAAGAGCUACUCAAUGACUUGACAAAAUCUGACCAGACAACAGAAAUAAGUGAAACAAGCCAUCCUGAAGUUGUGAGUCCACCUUCAGCAGAUGUAAAUGAAGCUUCCUCCAGCAUAGUUCCAAGCACUGAAAACACUUCCAGUUCACCUACCUCAGAGAUACCUCCAGUCUCACAGCCUGAUGCAAUAGAGAAUUCCCAUGCUGAUAUCCCUGUAGUCAGCUCUAGUGAAGCUGAGCAGUCAGAACCUGACUGUGAUAUUGGUGGGACACUUGAGGCUGACCCUCAGAGUGAGCCUUCCUCUUUUGUCAGUCCACCAGAGAGCCUUGCAGGCCAACAUAUAGAGAACAUAUCAUCUUCACAUGGCAAGGGCAAGAAGACAAAAUCUGAGUUUGAGUCAAAAGUUUCAGCAGCUGAAAAGGGGGCGGAUGAGCAAAAAUCUGCUCUGAAUGCUUCGGAGAACUUAAAAAGAGAGAAAGACUUUAAGAAGACAGGAGAAAUUGACCCUACAUCAGUAAUAACUCCAAAGGACCCUGGAGACAUUCCAACAUUUGAUGAAUGGAAGAAGAAAGUCAUGGAAGUGGAGAAAGAAAAGAGUCAGUCAAUGCACCCUUCUGCUGUUGGUGGGCAGCAUUCCACUAAAAAGGUCCAGAAAAACAGGAAUAACUAUGCGUCUGUAGAGUGUGGUGCCAAAAUUCUGGCAGCAAAUCCAGAGGCAAAGAGCACUUCAGCUAUUUUGAUGGAAAACAUGGACCUUUAUAUGCUCAAUCCUUGCAGUACUAAAAUCUGGUUUGUUGUUGAGCUCUGUGAACCAGUCCAAGUAAAGCAGUUUGACAUUGCAAAUCAUGAAUUAUUCUCUUCCACUCCUAAAGACUUUCUGGUGUCAAUUAGUGACAGGUAUCCAACAAACAAAUGGAUUAAAUUAGGUACUUUCCAUGCCAGAGAUGAGAGAAAUGUCCAGAGCUUUCCUCUGGAUGAACAGAUGUAUGCAAAAUAUGUUAAGAUGUUCAUCAAGUACAUAAAGGUGGAGUUGAUAUCACACUUUGGAUCAGAACAUUUUUGUCCUUUAAGUCUUAUAAGAGUAUUUGGUACUAGCAUGGUUGAAGAGUAUGAAGAAAUAGCUGAUUCUCAGUAUCAGUCUGAACGACAGGAACUGUUUGAUGAAGAUUAUGAUUAUCUGUUGGAUUACAACACAGGGGAAGAAAAAUCUUCAAAAAAUCUUCUUGGUUCUGCUACAAAUGCUAUCCUAAGUAUGGUGAACAUUGCUGCUAAUAUGCUUGGAGCCAAAACUGAAGAGUCAUCUGAAACUGAAGCAGGGAACAAAAGUGUGUCCGAAAAUGUCACUGCCACCCCUGCAACUUCAACAGCUGCACCAAGACUGCCUGAACCAACACCUGUUCCUUCACCAGAACUUGUUACUACUGAUAUUCCCCAGAUAGAGAAAGAGCAGUUAAUGGUGGAUUUGACUAAAGAAAGCCCAAUUGUUCAGCUAGUGCAAGAGUAUGAAGAAGAUACAAGCCAGUCCACAGUAACUUUGCUGUCCAGUGAUGACCAGGAAGAGGAAGCAUUGGCAUGGUUUGAACUGGAGACAGAGAAGUACUGCUGUGACAUGGCAGCAGUGUGCUGUAUUUCCACCUUCUCAGAAUACCUGUUUAAGUGGUGCUCAGUUGCAGCAGCCAUGCAUCGGCAGCACAGUAAAACUGGAGGUGAGGAAAGGCCACGUUACCCUGUGGAUGUGCAGCAGCCACAGCCAGCUCUGACUGAAUCUACCCAGACAGCAGUAGGGGAGCCUCUGCCUGAGCAGUUGGACAGCAAAGCUGAGAAACCCCCUGGGUCUGUUGUUGCAGUUGACUUCAGUGCAGUCCAUGAGGAGAUCAGUAAUGAGACCACAGAGUCCAUUGAGCUGGAGCCAAGCCACCCUCAAACUGUCUCUCAGUCCCUCCUCCUAGAAGUUACUUCUCGAGUUAAGCCAUCCCCCACAACAGAUAUGGUGUUGGAGCCUGCAAAAGAAGACUCAGGCCAGGUAGCACCAAGGGCAACUCCCCAGGUGGAUGUGCGUGAGCUCAGCAUUGAAACAGAAAAGGCUGAGAGCUCAGUUGUAGAAGAAAGCCCUGAGACCAGUGUGGCCACUGAGGUAAAGGAGAUGAGCACAAGAGAGACUGUUGCUACUCCAGUGAUUUCAAAGCCUACAGAGACUGUUCUGCAGCCUGAAAGCACAGUGGGCAUAGUAGCCAGCGAUGCUGUGGAAGGAAAGGAGAGCGUUCCAGAAGUGCAGAAACCUGUUUUGCCUCCUGUCGAGUCUCCAGUAUCUGCUGAGACAAAGGAGGACGAUCAGGCAGCUGAAGAAGCUUUGAUGGCGAUUCCGGUCUCGGGGGGACCUCAGAGAACAGCUACAGAUUUCUAUGCUGAACUGCAGAAUUCCACAGACCUGGGCUAUGCCAAUGGGAACCUUGUUCAUGGAUCCAAUCAAAAGGAGUCAGUCUUCAUGCGCCUGAACAAUCGCAUCAAGGCCCUGGAAGUCAACAUGUCCCUCAGCAGCCGCUACUUGGAAGAACUCAGUCAGAGGUACCGAAAACAAAUGGAAGAAAUGCAGAAGGCUUUCAAUAAAACAAUAAUAAAACUUCAGAACACCUCAAGAAUAGCAGAAGAGCAGGAUCAGCGUCAGACAGAGGCAAUCCAGCUGUUGCAAGCACAGCUCACCAACAUGACUCAGCUGGCUUCCAACCUGUCAGCGACUGUGGCGGAACUAAAACGUGAGGUUUCUGAUCGCCAGACUUACCUGGUGAUUUCGCUGGUUCUCUGCCUCAUUCUGGGCUUGGUGCUUUUUGUGCAGCGGUGCAGGAGCCCUUCUCAGUUCUGUGAAGAUUACCUCUCAAAAAUUCCCAAAAGCAAUCACUACCCAAGCCCCAAAAGGUGUUUUUCCUCCUAUGAUGAUAUGAAUUUGAAAAGAAGAACUUCCCUUCCACUGGUCAGAUCACAGUCUUUUCAGCUAGCUGGUAAAGAAGUGGAUCCAGAGGAUCUGUACAUUGUGGAGCCCCUGAAGUUUUCCCCAGAGAAAAAGAAGAAGCGUUGCAAGUACAAAAGUGAAAAACCAGAGACUAUUAAGCCGGCAACAGAGCCUCUGCACCCAAUAGCCAACGGGGAGAUCAAAGGAAGGAAGCCCUUCACAAACCAGAGGGACUUCUCUAACAUUGGGGAGGUUUAUCACUCUUCCUAUAAGGGCCCUCCAUCCGAAGGAAGCUCUGAAACAUCGUCGCAGUCUGAGGAGUCCUAUUUUUGUGGCAUUUCAGCGUGUACGAGUCUGUGCAACGGGCAGACCCAAAAGACAAAAACUGAGAAGAGGGCUAUAAAACGAAGACGGUCGAAAGUUUCAGACCAAGGGAAGCUCAUAAACACUCUAAUACAGACUAAGUCGGGGUCAAUGCCAAGUCUGCAUGACAUAAUCAAAGGAAACAAAGAUAUAACAGUGGGAACACUUGGUGUCACAACAGUUUCUGGACACAUCUAAACCUAGCUGAACUUCUCAAACAGGAGAGUGUUUGUUCGUUUGAGAACAGUCUGUGGUAUUCUGUGGAAGGAUAGUGGGAGACGAAGAACUCAACUCAUUGGAAAGUAUUCAGAAAUUUGGUUUCUGCCUUUUUAAAUAGAUGGGAUUGUGUCAAUCUUGGCUAUAAGCUGCAGCUUUACAAGGCUGAUAAUUUCCUAUGAGAACAGCUUGGGGGGAGGGAGGGCAGGGUUCAUUUUAUAAAGGUUUUUUUUCACAGUUCUUGGGGCAGAGAUUUUUUGAAACCCAGUUUGUUGGGUGGAAUAGGGAUAAAAGCCUAAUCCUCUUCCUUUAGCUUUGUUCCUAUUUCUUGCACCUUCCCAUAUUUAUGUGCCUUUUGUCUAUUUAUAAUGCCACUGGAAGAGGGGAGAUACAAUUGUUUGUCAUUUGAUUUAUUUUGUAAUUUCUCUAGCUUUUUUUGAAGAUGCAACACUACAGUGCUGUAAAGGGACAUGUGUCAGCCUUCAGCUGGACUUAGUAAUGUGGACUGGAUACUGUAAAAAUACCAAUAGAUGGACUUGCCUGACUAGAUUCUUGUUGUGCAAACUCUGUUGAGGAAAAUCUCUCAUGAGGGAUGGCAACUGUGUUAUUUGCACCUUCAGUCACAAUCGGAGCUUAGUCUGAUGUGCGAAAUCAGUGACGGUGGCUCUUCAGGAUUUCCUGUGCGCGAUGGAAUCUGAGGCUGAGGAAGGCAUUUGUCACCUGCAUGGCCUGCUGCAGUUCUCUGGAGGAAGUGGAUGAGGAAUGCUCACUGUUGUGCUGAGCUCAGGGAAAGCUCAGCUGAAGAAUGUGAGGGUGCAUUCUCAGAGCCUGCUCUGGUGGCUGUGUUGAGCUUGCAAAGCCUGGGAGCUGCAGCUGUCGGGCUGGUUCACAGUGGGUGUUUCCAUAACGUUUGCUUUUGUAUUGGCUAACAAAUGUGCAGUGUUGGUAUGGUUGGUAUUUCAUACUCAAGUGUUUUUUAUUUUGACUGUGACUGUAUAUUUGGAUACUAUAGGAUGUGUGGUUGCUAAACUGUUGAGUGUGGUUCUGAGUGAGUGGAACAAAAGGUUAUUCUUUUUGACAGGUGUUACAGGUUCACAUUGUACAAAAUAAGUUAACUUAUUGAGCACUUUUAGUGGUACCCUUUUUAAUAGAUCUAAUGCCUUUCCUGGGUAUUGUACGUAAUGUGACUUAUUUAAAGCCUUUGUUUUUUUGCUGCUUUCUUGUUAGUUUAUGAAUACUUUAAAGUGAUGUACUCUUAAGAGUUGAUCUGCACAAUUAGCCAGUCAGAGCACAUGAACCAGACGUGUUGAACAUGAAUUCAGAAGGGUGUCAAACCUGGAUGAAGAUAAUUCAUACCACCAGAGUGCAGCAUCCAAUGUUGUGGAGCAAGAGUAUGUAACUACAGAGCUGUAGUGCCAUUAGAAACUGUGAAUUUCCAAAUAAAUCUGAACACUUUGUCUUUCA